AUCUCUUUUUUCGUCACAUUACGCAACCUCUGCUUUAUAAGCAGUUGGUACCACCCUUUCGAGUCACCGAGGUAGCUCAUCCGUCGACGUGCGCAGGAGACUGGUUUGAGGUACUCGCAGCCAAAUCGACGAGAAGCAAGAUGGUCAACUCAAAGGUCGUGGGAGUUGUCGUGGUCGUCGGCGUGGUCGUCAUGUCCGUAGUCCUACCGGUGGUCCAGGGAAAGCCGAAGGCCACUAAGGGACCGGCGGCCGGCGGCCCAGACUUCUCGCAGUUCUUGGCGCCACCUCCACCCAGCGAGGACUGCGCGGGAGUGGUGGCCGCCCCGGGUGCUGCCGCGCUGGUUGCCGACCCGAAUGACUGCACCAAGUACUCCGUGUGCUCGGGCACGUUCAGCUCCAAGUUCUCCUGCCCGCCCGGCCAGCACUUCAGCUCGGCCGACAACAGAUGCGCGACCCCGGAGGAGGCCAAGUGCGACCCCGCUUUUGCUGACGAUGACGCCGCCGACGACGAAGCCGUCAACGCCGAUGUGGAAUCCGCUGCUGCCGAUGCCGCUGACGCCGCCGACGUGAAUGUUGAUGCCGCCGAGGUUGUCGCCGCCGAUGUAUAAACGCUCGCUCUGGACCAAACGGCGCCUGCACGCAAGUCACGAUAUGGUGCCUCUACUCGCCGACCACCUCAACGAGAGACGUGCAUGACACAGGGCCACACAUCACGGAAGAAGGAUGUCCACGGCUUCUUGGCCUCCGAGAUACCCGCGGAAAAGAAAUAAAAGCGAAAGUGUUGUGUCUU